CUCUCUAACCUCUCUCUCUCUCUCUCUCUCUCUCUCUCUCUCUCUACAAUUGGGUUGUUUUUAUAAAUUGAAAAUUACUACCCUCUUUAAUUUCUCCUAAUAUUUUUCAUUUUUCAUAUCUCAAUUUUAUUUUUGAGAUAUAUCAUUCUUCCUCCACCAACACCAUCAUCAACAACACCUCCACCACCACCCUCUCUUUUUCCUCUUCAUGUUUGGAAAAGGAACAACACAAGAAACCAUCCUCAAAACCAACAUGGCUUUGCCUUCUUUCCUUGUUUUUUCAGUUACUCAUCCCAUGAUUUUCUCAUAGAUCUACCAUCUUUCAUUUUCAUCUGAUCAACUAAGCUCAGCAUUGUUUUAUUGAGGGAAUCGUUUUCGGAUAUUUAACUGUAUUUAUAUUUAUACAUUUCUCAAUGCAAGGGCAGAGAGGCACAAUUGGUUCCUCGUCUGAAACCUUCGAGUUUGAUUGUGGGUCGACAUCAAGUAAUGCUGCAGUUGAUCAGCAUAUUUUCUGGAAUAAUAUGCGGACUCCGGCUGAGAAUCGGAUACCUGAAUUUAUACUUUCUCCAAGUGAUAUGAACCCGUCUCACGGGAAUGUUGUAAACCAUGAAUGGCAGAACUUGAGUGGUUGGAGCUUAGGCGAGCCGAGUUCCAGUAAUACACAAAACGAAGUUAACAACAAUGAGCUGAAGAGGGAAUUGCGGUUAUCACCUCCGAUAAACAGUGGUGCUGUAGUUGGUCCAAGACUCGAAGAGAGGCACUUCGAACCAUCCAAUACCUUUUCGUUGGAUAAUGUCAAUGCAGGUCCUAUGUAUAUGUGUGGCUCUAAUCCUCAUUUGGUGCCGCAAAAUCUCAACUUAAAUGCUGCUUUAGCAGAUAAUGUCGGAGAUAAUAGCUAUCAUGUGGAAGUCGGUCAUUCUAACGCGGCCAAAUCGAGUGGUCAGCUGAACGAGCACAUUCCACCGACUAUUGGUUCUGGUUCUUUUUUGCUUCCUUCUGGUGGACGCAACAGCGUUUUUGUCGGGGAGACUGAUGGUAGGCAAGGUUGUUCUCUAGACCCAAACCGUCGUGUAUCUUGUAAAAGAAAGGCGGGUGAAGGAAUUGGCGGACAAUCUUCUGACGGUGGAAGUUCUAGCUAUAGUCAGCAUACCGAUGGCAGUGCUUGGAAUACUCUUCCUACUCAGGAUUAUGCAAUGAACAACUUCAACCGAUCAUCACCGGCAGAACAGGUGAAUGCAAGACUUGGCCUAAGUGUUGGAGACGGAUCUUCUGAAACAAUACCAGAGUCAACUGUUGCUGGAAGCUCAGAAGGCUUCCACAGAAAUUUUCGCUUGAGGGUAAACCCUGCAAGCCAACAAAUUUCUCUCCCUCAACCCACAUUCUCAAAUGGGAGUGUGAUCAGGAAUUCUACUGUUCCUUCAUCUUCUCCAAUGUUGCCGAGGUUUCACCCUAUUGAUAAUUCUCUGGACUUGAGGUCAGUACCACCGGUAGAUGCCCUGCUUCCUCAAAGCCAUCCGCAUUUAAGUCAUGUUCCUGCUUUACCGAGGAGUUUACAAUCCGUCAGGUGGAAUGGUGGUUCUAGCUCAACCAAUAACCAUUCGUCAAGUUCAGUUUUGGAUCAUCCGGUGUUUGUACCUGCAAAUUUAAGAAAUGCUGUUCGAAAUGCAUCUCGACCUUCGAGUACUGCAAAUUUAAGUGUUCCUGGAAAUGUUGCUUCCUCAUCACGGACUGCUCCAAAUCCUCCUGCUUUGAAUCCGUCAUCUGCCUCGGCGUGGGUUUCUCGUCCCAAUCCUCAGCAGUAUCCACGCAGGUUAUCUGAAUAUGUUCGCCGGUCCUUGUUUACUCCUGGUUCUGAAGGUGGAAGUUCAAGCAAUACCUAUUCUACAUUGCGCGGUCCUUCUACUCCAUCAGAAUCAAGAGGACCACCAUCGGCGACGAACCCUGGAUCAUCUCCAUGGUUGGAGAGGUCAGCUGAUACUGAAUUUGGAAUUCCCUAUUCCUUACGAUCCUUGGCUGCUUCUUCUGGUGAAGGAAGUAGUAGACUUGUAUCUGAGCUGCGCAAUGUGUUGGGACUUAUGCGUAGGGGUGGGAACCUGCGGUUUGAGGAUGUUAUGAUUCUUGACCAUUCAAUGUUUUCUGGAAUUGCUGAUAUUCAUGACCGACACAGGGAUAUGCGGCUUGAUGUCGAUAACAUGUCUUAUGAGGAGUUACUGGCCCUUGAAGAACGCAUUGGUAACGUGAGUACUGGAUUGAACGAGGAAACCAUCAUGAGGCAUUUGAAACAGAAGAAAUAUUCAGUUGAUGAAUCAGGUUCUCAGAGUGAUGCAGAACCCUGCUCUGUUUGUCAGGAGGAGUAUAAAAAUGAAGAUGAUAUCGGAUCGUUGGACUGCGGGCAUGAUUACCAUAUCGACUGUAUCAAACAGUGGCUAAUGCACAAGAAUCUGUGUCCCAUUUGUAAGACAACAGGCUUAGCAACAUGAAAGAGAUAUUCGUGUCUCGAAUAUUUUAUUUUAUCUUAUAAGAUAAGAUGAAUGAACACAUAGGGGUCAAGAAAACCGGCACAAUUAGUCAGGAAAAUUCUGCUUAAUUGAAGUUGAAGUUUCUGGUGCCAUUGUUACUUAUUAAAUGGCCAUUUAAGAAUUUAGCCAAAAUUUCUUUAUUAUCAUUUUUUGUUUAUUUUCGGGAAACCGAUUAUCUCCCGGUUAAGGUGAAACAUGAGAUGAUUGGUGUUGGAUGGAUGAAUAUUUUUCUUAAACUCUAGCUGAUAAAGGUUGUUAUACAUUUGGUUAA